GAGCCUCCUAACUAGCUGGGACUGCAAGAGUGAGCCAUACCACCUGUCAGACCCUAGGUUUUAUCUGUGCACCUGCUGGGGUUUGUGAUGGAAGAGUUCUCUGUUGUCUCUAGCCCCAUUUCUAAAAUGGGAAUGAAUUAUAUCAUUCUUGUGACCAGUUGUGGUGAUUUGCCAUAUCUGCUAAGAUGUCUGUUCUCUUACCUGGUUAUUCUUUGUUUCUUCCUCUCAAUGUUUUUUUUCUUCUUCCUUUCAACUUUAAAAUAGGCACGGUGCUAGGAUUUGUCUCAAAUCAGGAUGAAAUGGACAUCUCUUUUGUCCUUACCUGUGUUCCUAAGCUCAAAUUGUCACUAACUUAAUGACCACUACUGGGUACUCUAUACAUAUACUUCUGUGGCUGAACGGGGCAACUCAGGAGGAGGCAAAAAGAGAUGAGCCAGUUCACUGGUCCCCAGUGUUUGCAUGGCUUUAAGAGCUCCUUGCACGUGGGGAGCCACCUCCCACUUGAAUCUCUGGCCCUACAUCUGUGCCAUCAGUAGCGAGGCUCUCAAGCACUUCAGUUAUCUCCCAAGGCAUCACUUCAUACACCAGCCCAGGCUGGGUAGGCUCACACCUGCCCAUUCUGCCCUUAGCAAUUAUAAGAUGCCCAGCAGCUGGCCCAGCACAUUGAGGUCCACUAUACAGGAUGGUGGAGAGGUGACACGGGCUCCAUGGAGUCUCUUGUUUCUGGUACAGUCACAUAGUCCUGGUUGCACUGUUCACUUGCUGUGUGACUUGAAACAAGUGACUUCUUUUCCAGGCCUCAGUUUCCUCCCUGGCAAAAUAGUAACUGACUUAUGGUCCCCGAACCCCUCAUCUUCCUACUCAACAUCCAGCCAUCCUGGCCAGAGGUGAAAGGUACGGGCUUACUCUUAGAUCCCUGUCUGUUACCCCCUCUUUAUAGACUGGUAUCAGUGUCCUAUGCUGGAAUUCAGUUUGUCCAUCUGUAAAAAUGGAACACAGCUCCCAUUUCAGGGUGCACUGGAUGAAAUGAGACAUCAGAAUGUGAGGGGUGGUAGGUAGGCUACAAAAGUAGUACAUGUGGCUUUAUUAAUUCUUGGUGGAAACUCACGGUACCUAUUGUGACAGGAUCAGAUAAAUUUUAUUUUUGAUCCUAAUUGCUGUAGUUGAGCAGGAACCUGAACCCACUAGGAACCUUACUCUUCCGGGUUUGAGUUUCUGGUCGGAGUACUUUAAGGCUGCUGUGCGGCUCCCUCUAUGAAUCGGUCCCCGCCUCCGGCUCAAGAAGUUGCAGUAUUCCCGGAAGUUCCCGGCUCAGCCACUUCCGGACCCAAAAGUUUGCUGCGACUAGGUACGGAGGAAGGUGCCGGGGAAGGUAGCAGGCCCAGGAGCGGCGACCAAAGGAGCAGCGGAGGACUUGAGUCUGGGCCGGCGUGGACCCCAGGGCAGCGGCUGGGGAAGACUGAGAAGCACCGCGAGGGACAGUUGGGGAGGCGCUGCGGAGACCGGGGGAGGUCAAGAGGAGAGCGGGUAGCGCAUUCCUUGGACCCCUGCUGAUCCAGAGGCACAGGCCUGGGGUUAACUUUAUUCCCCAAGGCGGGGAAGGGGGCUGUCAAAUUCGAAAGCCAGAUCAAGAGGGAGGAAUAAUGGACCUUGGGAAGAGGCAGUCGUUCAGGAAAGGUUCCUGAAGGAGGCAGGUCCCAGACUUCAGGAUGAGAAGGUUUGGGCUGCUGGAGAGAGGUGAGAAUGCUAGAGUAGGGGUCACUCUGCCACGCUUGUUGGAGAUCCGAGUUGCCCACCCCAUCACCUCUACCCUUCCGGCUCUCCUGCGGGGCGGGCGCACGGUCGUCCCCGCAGGACCCUCAGCCAUCCUCAGCGCACUUCCCGCCUCCACACUACCUGCUCCAGGACAGAAGCAUCACGGAGGACAAACUUUGGUCGCGGAGCAGGGCCUGGGCUGGGGCUGCAUUGGCGCCGCCGCGUGCGCCCCGGCGACCUGACCCCACAACCCCCGACGCUGCUGCGCACAGGGCCGCCGCGGCUCGGUCGGCUUCCCCUUCCGCCCACUGGAAGUAUCAUCUUCCCCACCUCUGUAUGUGGCUUGGCCUGAGUGCCUCAGUUUCCCCAUAAGGUCACUGAGAAGUGCAGCCCUCACCUGCCUCCAUAUCCAACAACGUCUGGUCUGAGGAUCUCGGUUUCCCUUCCUGCCGGGUGGAGAACCUGGGCUUGUGCUACCUAUAUCAGAGCAUACGGCUGGCCUCUGGACCUGGCGCUGCCCAUCUGCUUAGAACACGGACAUACCCCUUUCUCUUCUCCUUCUACGUUGUGGGGCAGCAAAGCCCCAUCAGGCGGGUAGCCCAGUGGGAAGAGGACAAACCCGGGCGCGCCAAUUACUCUGGGAUUUCGGGCAAGGACUUCACUUAAAUUCAGUUUGUUCGCCGAUCUCUAUCAAAGCAAUUGAAUCGUUGUUGUUCGGAAGGUGAGAAAGGGAGGAGGGCGACUGGCCUAUUCAGCCGAGCGGGUGCCCACCGUCCCACGCCCUCCGGGGCGCUCCGUAAAGGCUGGUCUUCGGGAACUGCCGCCUCAGAGGCGGCGGAACUUUCGCGAGGAGUUCGCGCGUUUCCGGCCGGCUCCCUUUCUCAGGGACGCCGCAGCCCCUCGCGCCCCCGCGCCCGAGCCCCUAGUCCCCGCGUCCCCGGCGCCUCCGGCCCGGAGCUGCCCGGAAGUCUCGGUCCCGCCGCCGGCGCUCUCCAGGGAAAGCCCGGGGCCACCUGGGACCUCGGCCCGCUCCUCCGGACCUGAGAGGCCGCUGCACCGGCUGCCGCUCCAGAUGCUGCUUCUGCCGCCGCGGCCACCCCACCCUCGGUCCUCCUCUCCAGAGGCCAUGGACCCACCGCCUCCCAAGGCGCCCCCUUUCCCCAAGGCGGAAGGCCCCUCUUCCACUCCUUCCUCGGCAGCAGGGCCCCGACCCCCGCGGCUGGGCCGCCACCUACUCAUCGACGCCAACGGGGUUCCCUACACAUAUACGGUGCAGCUGGAGGAGGAGCCCCGGGGCCCGCCCCAGCGCGAGGCACCCGCGGGAGAGCCCGGCCCACGUAAGGGCUACAGCUGCCCGGAGUGCGCCCGUGUCUUUGCCAGCCCCCUGCGGCUGCAGAGCCACCGCGUGUCGCACUCGGACCUCAAGCCCUUCACGUGCGGCGCCUGCGGCAAGGCCUUCAAGCGCUCCAGCCAUCUGUCGCGGCACCGCGCCACGCACCGUGCCCGCGCCGGCCCACCGCACACCUGCCCGCUCUGCCCACGCCGCUUCCAGGACGCCGCGGAGCUAGCGCAACACGUGCGCCUCCACUAAGCUCCACCUGGCCGGUGCUGCUCUGCCCCUUUCUGGGCCACCAAGUCUGACCUACACAGCGUCACUCCCACACACAUUCCCUGGCUCUGCUGAGGUUACUGCCUUACUUUGGGCCUCAGUUCCCCCAUCUUCCAAAGGGACAAACAUCAUUCCCUCCACUUCCCCACCCCUUCUAGCUGUGUGAUGUAAACCAAAGUCGUUGCCCCUCCUUGGACUUGGGAGCCAGUCGGAACUGGGUUCCGGUCCAGCUGUGCUGUGAACCUUUGCAAGUGAAGUGACCUCUCUGAGCUAUGGUUUUCUGCUCUCCAAAGUGGUGAACCGCUUGUCCUAAAGGGGAAGAGUUAACAAAAGAGCCGGGGCACGGUCUGGUUCAUUUAUAUAUCUCCCCCAAUUCUACCCACGACCUCCAUCACCCUUUGCUCAAUAAACAUUCCACACUCCA